AUGAGUUCUUUUCGACGAGACAAAAAAGAGGAAGAAGAUGGAGGUGCCAAUAUGUUUCAAAAUCUGGAUAAAACAACUCUAUUACAAGAAGCUAGGUACUUCAAUUCCACGCCUGUAAAUCCCAAGAAAUGCAUUCACAUAUUGACCAAAAUUAUCUACUUGCUAAAUCAAGGAGAGAAACUUACUACCCAAGAAGCUACUGAUAUCUUUUUCGCGACUACAAAACUGUUUCAAUCAAAAGAUGUAAUGUUGCGCCGCUUGGUCUAUCUAAGUAUUAAAGAACUUAGUUCCUUGGCACAGGAUGUAAUUAUUGUAACUUCAUCACUGACUAAAGAUAUGACUGGUAAAGAAGACCUUUACCGAGCUGCUGCAAUUAGAGCUCUUUGUAGCAUAACUGACAGCACCAUGCUGCAAGCUAUUGAACGUUAUAUGAAGCAGGCAAUUGUUGACAAAAAUCCUGCUGUGAGUUCUGCUGCACUUGUGUCUGCUCUGCAUUUGUCUGCAACUGUCCCGGAUUUGGUUCGUCGAUGGGUGAACGAAGCUCAGGUAUUAUUACUUUUUAUCUCCCAUUCACAUCUUGUAUCAGAAGCGCUGUGCAAUAGUUUCCGCCGCUUUUAUAGCAGCAAUUUUUUUUGCUAA